GACAAGCCAACCAACAAGCCAACUAACAGGUCAGAUCAACCAACAAGUAAAGCUUCCAACUGUUUAAAAUCGGAUUGCACAUACCUGCGCAUGUUCCAAUUCAGAAACCAUCAUUCUUGACAUUUUAUCUUCGAGCGAUAAGUAUCAAUAUGAUUGAACUAGAUCAUAUGAGAUUUUAUGCUCCCAGUGGGUGUAUUACUCCCGGAGGUCCAAGUCAAUGGCACAUUUGCGACGUUGACCAGCGGCGCAUUAUUUCUGUUACUAUGGAUGAAGAACAGGAAGAUGAAGACACCGCUAUCCAACACCUUAAAAAACAUCUCGAUACUUUGGGACCGGACGUCUUUCACGUCCAUUUAUCACCAGACGGCGACAUUAUAUCAACUUCGACUGAUCCAAUGGAUGAUCAAACCUGGUAUAUACCUUAUCCUCCCGAGAAGGAAAUUACAAGGAAAUGUCACGGGCUGAAAGAAGUUCUGCGCUCGGAAUUACUAGAGAUAGAUCGGAUCUCUAUGGGUGUCGACCAUGUUUCAUAUAUUCCGGAAUCCGACCCAAGCCCCAAUCAGGUUAUUUUCAAGUACUAUUUUACGUGGUCGUGGAUCUACAAGUUAUGGAAUGAGAUGAAUCUAUGGAUGCGCCUCCCGAGAAAAAUGAAGUAUGUCGCCAAGUUCGACCGGCUUGUGGUUGAUGAACCAGGAGGCAGAGUUCUUGGUUUCACAAAUGAAUUCAUCAAAGGCGGUACCGUGAAAGAGAACAUUUCUCGUGGAUUCAAGCUCACGUGGCUCAAACAGUUGACAGAGGUUGUUGACGAGUUGAAUCUCAAACACGGCAUCGCGCACCAAGACAUUUCCCCGCGGAACCUCCUGAUCGAUGCGGACGAUCUGAAGUUAUUUGACUUCAACUAUUCUGGGCGUAUUGGAGAAUUCAAUUAUUCAGAGGAUCGCAAUGACGUCAAAGGCGUUAUAUUUACGUUAUACGAAAUCAUUACACGAGACGAUCACUUUCGGUGUGUUCCACAUGACCAGCAAGAUAGCGCCGACGUAGAGGCGUUGGAUGAAUGGGUUAAACAUCCAGAUGUAACACUCGACCAUCCCGUCUCGGACUACCGUUCAUUGCUGAAUAAUUGGGUGAAGGGGAGAAGGGAAGGAAAACAAAUUACUCAUUUCAAGCAAGCACCCGAAUACAUUACUUGGCCGGAGAUGGAGAAAGACACAACAAAUGGAAUGCGACGCGACAAACAAGGGGAUGGUAAAAUCAUCAAAUGGGAAAGACCGAUGCAAAGCAAAAUCAAACCUGGAGCCCGUGUAUUUGCGGACGGAAGAACCGAGGUCGCUAUCCACAACACCCAAGAAUCGUGAAAAUCGCGACGGCGCAAGUGAAGAGUGGGACUUUGUCGUGUGCGACUGCACUGACUCCAGGUGAGAGUGUAGGGUAUAGUGACCCGACUGAAGGCUAGGAUUGUAACUGUACAUUAUUGUAUGUUCUCCUUUUUUGUUAUUAUGGUGCAAUGGAGAAAUGGGACGGUCGAAUCGAUACCUGAAGAAACCGCCAGGCAGCGCUGAUAGGAAUUGGAUCAUUUCUCGGAUACUAAAUCAAGUACCUAAAGUUAACUAAAAUAUCACACAAUUCCUAACAAUUGCCCCA